AUGCGGCCUCCAAUGCAGCGUCAUACUCUACGUCCACAGCCGGAUCAGACUUCGGACCAGCGUUCUGACUCAGACGAAUUUGUGGAAUCGGAAGAAGCUUCGGAUUCGGAUGAGAUGGAAUUCCCUGCACCCAAUAUUGAGACAAGUUCCGAAAGCGAGUCAGAAGAUACCGUUGAUUCAACAUAUUAUCCAAGUAUCUCGGACACUCUCACUGUUCGGUAUCUGCUACAAUGGAAGGUUGCGGCGGGUGGAAUACCACCUGAAAUUGUGGAUAUGAUUAUCGAGGCGGCUGAAUACUGGGCAUCGACGGAAGCGAGAAUAGACGGAAAGAUUGUCAUUAGACAGGAUGGGGAUCGGGAACUGCUGAGGACGGCGCCACUGUAUCAUGAGAAAACAUCAGACGGGUCGUUAUCCAAGCUCCUCCCGCAUCGACUUGCCCACCCCUGUCGAAAAAUCGUGUUUUCCCUUCGCUGUCAUGACCAAGGCUGGGGAGGAGAGCCAGGAUGCAGAGGUACAUACCAGGGGUCAUAUACCUGGUUCGACGCAGAAGUCGUUUCGAUCGACUACGAGCACGAAGAGAGUAAAAAAGCCGGAACAAAACCAGGCGAACCAAAUUUCAUGCCCAAGGGGAACAAACUGCAGUCCAACUUGGCUGCCACAGGGAGAACCCAAAACUAUACUAUCACCUGGCAUCAUUUGGACGACAUUCAGCCCGGGACCGCUGAGGCAGAAGAGAUUGAAAAGACUCAGGGCCGUGGACAUGCGACUCUGGAUGGACGACGGGUGCGAGAGAUGCGGCCGGGCGAUUCGAUUUCGGUCUGGGCACGAGCGAGAUUUGGCGCAUGGGCGAACCAUGUCCAAGCCUUAAGCGUGCGAGUUUUCUGGGCAGUAUGA